AUUGUGAGUUGUACAAAGUUAUUACCUCUACGGUUUUUUGUGACGCUUGAUUACAUAUUAAAAUUACUAAUUCUUGCAUUGUUUGAUUUGAUCAAUAAUUGAAUAAUAAGUAAUAUUCUACAUUUAAGUGCAUUUCAUUGUUUCUUUGCAUAGUAGAGAUGGAAGACGAAUCUAGUUCUGAUUUGCAAAAAUGCAUGUCGGAAGGCCCUAUGGAUACCGAUGAAGGGCCCCUGAUAAACGAGAAUUCGAAUGGCCUGUCCCAUUUAUUGACGGAGGGUGAGUUUGACAGUGUGGAUGCCGUGGCGGUCGACGAGUCCUCGGCAUCGAACCAAGCUUUCCUCAAUGCAGUCGAGUUGUCCACGGACAGCGUGGGUGACUACUUGGAGAACAAUACAGAAAGCUUCAAUGCUAAUUCUUUUGAUGUCGGCGACAACGCAGUAACUUUUCCUAGCGAGUCACUGGAUGGUGACACAUUGCUCAGUGACAAUGUAUACAAAGUUGACUCUGAAAAUAAUGGUGAUAUUACAGAGAGCCAUAAUUUGAAUAUGGACAUGGAUACGACAGAAAAUGAAGUAGAGGUAAAGAAAACAGAAGAAAGCCUAGAUGCACAAGAAUUGCUUAAGGAUUCAGAUGAAACAAAUACGGAAAAAUAUGUUGAGAACCAGGAAUUGAUUAAGGAAACAGAAGCCAAAAAUAAUGAAAAUGAAGUGGCUACAGAAACAGAGGUAACUGUAGUACAAGACCGAAUAGGGGAUGGACAUGUAAUGCCAGACAAUACAAAAACUGAAAAACAAGAUGUGCAGCCAACAGCAACUGAGGUUUUGGAUGCAGUAAAAAAAAUUAAGGAAGCAGUAGAAGAAGAUGAAGCUGCGGUGGGCGGUGCGGAGGAGACGGAAGUGGUGUCGGAGGACGAGCUGCCCGCGGUGCAGAAGCCGAGUGUGCAGGACGCGGAGAACGUGUCCGACGACGAGCUGCCGGGGCCCAGGCCGGCCGACCUGCCCGCCGACACUGAGGUGGUGUCCGAAGAUGAACUGCCGUCAUCGAAGAAGGAAUCUAAAGAGUCGCGCAAACGCAAGCCUAACGAAGAAGGAGACGGCUACGAUCCCGGCUCUCCCACCUCCGAGACCGAGACUGCUAAUAAGAAACAGGCUGUGGCUAAGAAUGGUGAAAGUAAACCAGUCCCAGCUGAAAAGAGGUCUUCAAUAGACGAGAAACCGAAGAAGAAAACUCUUCCGGAGCUGGACAAAUAUUGGAAGGUGGUCAACGACGACCCCACUGAUUUCACCGGGUGGACCUAUCUCCUCCAAUACGUCGAUCAAGAGAGCGACGUGGAGGCGGCGCGCGAGGCGUACGACGCCUUCUUGUCGCACUAUCCGUACUGCUACGGCUACUGGCGCAAGUACGCCGAUUACGAAAAACGCAAAGGCAGUAAAAAGAAGUGCCUCGAGGUGUUGGAAAGAGGUCUCAAAGCUAUACCGUUGUCGGUUGAUCUGUGGAUUCAUUAUCUAAAUCAUGUAAAGGCAACCAGAACUGAGGACCAUACGUUUAUUCGAUCGCAAUACGAGCGAGCCAUUGAGGCGUGUGGUUUGGAGUUCCGUUCGGACCGGCUGUGGGAGUCUUACAUAAAGUGGGAGGCGGAGAACGGCUCCGCGUUGAACGUGACUAACAUCUAUGACCGUUUAUUGGCCACGCCCACUCUGGGAUACACUUCGCACUUUGACAAUUUCCAAGAGCACGUGAUGUCGGAGCCGGUGGCGGGCGCGGUGUCGCGCGCGGAGCUGGUGCGGCUGCGGGGUGAGGUGCGGGACGCGGGGGGCGCACUGCCGCAGCUUGACUUGCCGCCCGGCGAGGACGAGCCCAGCGACCAUGUGGCUUCUGAGGAAGAAGCUCAGGCGAUCAAGGAGCGCAUCAUCGCUGCACGAAGGAAAGUGCACAAGGCAACCGGCGAACAAGUCGCAGCUAGAUGGACUUUCGAAGAAGGUAUCAAGCGCCCAUACUUCCACGUGAAGCCGCUGGAGCGCUGUCAACUGAAGAACUGGAAGUCGUACCUCGAGUGGGAGAAACAGCACGGCUCACUGAAGCGGGCUUUGGUGCUACACGAACGGUGCCUCAUCGCCUGCGCGCUUUAUGAGGAGUUCUGGAUGAGGUUGAUAAAAUUCCUGGAAGAGCGCACGGAAUCGAACCCGGAGCUGAUCCCGGUGGAGCGCGAGGUGCUGGAGCGCGCAUGCACCGUGCACCACCUCGACAAGCCGGAGCUGCACCUCCACUGGGCGCACUUCGAGGAGGCCCAGGGCAACCCAGCCAAGGCUGCGGAGAUACUGGACCGCAUCGAGAAGAUAUGCCCUAACCUCGUGCAGAUACAGUAUAGACGCGUGAACCUGGAGCGUCGUCGCGGCGACUACGACAAAUGCUCCCAACUGUACGAGAGCUACAUAGCGGCGGCCAAGAACAAAGCGGUGGCGUCCGCGCUCGCGAUCAAAUACGCGCGGUUCCUGUUCCACGUCCGCAAGGACCCGGCCGCCGCUCGACUCGCUUUGGACGAAGCCAUCACUAAGGAGCCCCUCAAUCAACGGCUGCAUUUGCAAAGACUCGACUUGGCUAUGCACACGCCUGAUACGCCUUAUGAAGUUUUGGAAGAGCUGGUGCAGUCGUACGGACAGCAGCCGGGCGCGGAGACGGAGACGGCGGCCGGCAUGGCGUGGCGACGCCGCGAGCUGGCGGAGGAGCUCGGGGACGCGCGCGCGGCGCGCGCGGCGCAGCUGCACGCGCGCGCGCUCGCCAAGCAUCUGCGCAAGCGCGCGCGCAAGGACAAGCACGACGUGCCGCCGCCGCCCGCACCGACAGCGGAGCCCGCGAAAAAGAAAGAGCUAGCCACGACGACGGCGGUAACCACAACCAGCAACAGCAACUACUACCAGUCGCCGGCGCCGGCGCAGUCGUACGAGCAGUCGUACGCGCAGCCGUACCAGCCGCCGUGGGGCUACCAGCAGCCGCCCGGGCCCUACCAGCACCAUCCCCACCCCGGCGCCUGGCCGCAGUACCCGCCUAAUUAUUACUAGCGACACGCCCCGAAAAAAAAUUUAAUAUUCUCAUCUCUUAGAAUUUAAAACUUGACUCUCGUCAAAAUCACAUUCACUGGAAAUCUACUAGAUACGUUUGAAAUAGAACGUUUUGCAAACUUUCCAGUCUUAGCAUCGAGUACACCGAUUUUAAAAAACAGCUUUGAUUUAUUUCCAAUUUGUGAAAAUAAAAUAACUAUGUUGAUCCGUGGAGUUUAUUAAAAUUUAAUAAUAUAUCUGUGAAAUACUUUGGGAAAUAAAUAUAAUGUAGUAUA